CUUGUAAUCAAAUUUAAGUCCGUUAAAAAUAAAUCGCACAAUUAUUUUAAUGGGCUAUGAUUUAGAAUUUAGGGUUUAAGGAACCGGAGGAAGAAGUAGAUCUGUAGAAGCGAGGGAACUGCGGAUUUUCGAUUCCGAGCAAACGAUUAGCGACUUCUCGUCUUCUCCCUUUCCUUAUCAUCGAAGUCUUUGCAUCUGAUCUCCCACCCACGUGAACUGCUUCCUCCUCUCCGAGCACAACGGACAAGAACAAGUGAAAAUUUGAAGAAAACAUUGUAGUAACGUCAAUGUUUGCCCAGCAAAGAGAAAUUGUUCCACUUUCAGGAAAUCCAUAUUUCACACGUACUUUGUCGCGCUAUGAUGUCCAUGAUUACAGACUGUCCAUUCCGAAGCAAUUCUCCCAUCAUAUGCCAAAAGAUUCUGCUCGUGCACUCUUGUUUUGUGGAGAUAAGAUGUGGGAGGUUCACUAUGUCUAUCACAAAGACAACAAAUAUUUCAGACGUAGUGGAUGGAGAGCUUUUGUUGUCGAUAAUGAUAUGCACAUGGGAGAUGGAUGCGUGUUCGAAUUGAUGGAUAAGGAGAAGAUGCAUUUCAAAGUGCAGAUUUUGCGUGGGGACGCUCCAGAUCUUCCCUGUCUAGGUGGUGAUGGUCGGAACUCUAGUGACCCUAUUUUGAUUGAUUGAAUCUCAUCUCAUGUUAUCUGUCACGAGGUAUCAAACAUUCUGCAAUCAUCAAUCCAAUGCUACUUUUCAUUCCACUUAA